UUUAGCGGAAUUUCCAGAGUUCCGUCAAAUGUUUUUCUAGAUGUAGCUUUAUAGAGAUUAUAGACCAAUAAACUUCCAGCUGACAACUAUGCCGAAAAGGAAACUCCACACACCUGACACAACAGAAAGAGACUGGUUGAGAAGAAGCAUUCCACCGCGUACUUUAACAAGAUGGAAAAAAAGGAAAAUCGACCAAACUUUGACUGACAUCAGAAAUCGCACAACGCAACAACAUGGAAGUGAUGAAGAUGGCAGCCAGAGAGAACCGCAGAGAGCAGAACCUCUCACACUGGCACAGGAAGGUGAAGAUGUCACCCGAAGAGGAGAGGAGCGAGCAGAGCCUUUCACUUUAGCACACGGAAGUGAUAAUGAUGGUACCCAGAUGGAAGAGCAGACAGCAGAACUUCUCACAUUAGCACAAAAAAACAAUGAAGAUGCCAUCCAAAUACAAGAGCAAAGAGCAGGAUCUUCCACAAUGCUACAGGACAGUGUCCCUCAAGAAGUACAGGAUGUCCACUCCUAUGGACUGACCGAAGGGCAAAGCAUCAUCUCGAUUCUCUCCUUUGCUUUGAAACACAACACUACAGGAGUGUUGAUUGAAGACCUGCUGAAACUGCUUCGGUUACAUUCUGCUGGGUCUACUGCAGUUCCAACAAGCAAGUAUUUUUUGGAGAAACCAUUAGCUGGAAUUGCAGAUCAGUUUGAACGGUAUCAUUACUGCACAGUUUGUACGAAUUACAUUGGUUACAUUGGUAAAUGAGUUGUUUUCUCUAUCUCUGUGCCAUUACAUUUUGAAUAUCUGCUGUGUGAAUAAAAAAUAAUUUUGCCUGUUUUAUUUGAUAUAUAUUACCCAUGAAAUAGUUUUAGGAAAAUUUAUUAGUUGAGAGAGAAUGAGCUACUUGGUUUUGAGAAAAUGCAAAUCAUAGCAAACUUUUAACAUUCCAGUGCUAUGUGUCAAAAAAAGAAUAUUUUUAGUAAUCUCCUGUGCUUUUCUGUGUGAUUUUGUUGUAAGAUUAUGUUUUUUUUUUAUUUGUAUGUAUCAUGAAUGUAGCACUGCACAUAAGUCUUGGAAGUGUUUUCUAUAUUAUUUGCAAGAUUGAAGUUUUACUGAUGGUUGUCCAACUCAUAUAAGUUUUACAUUACACAUAUCUACUAAGGAUGAUGUAUAUGGAAUUGCUGUCAUAUAUUGUUCUUUUAAGUUCCCAAAUUAUAUAAGUUUCAUAUUGUACAAAUUUACUAAGGAUCUUAUAUCUGGUUUGACUGUCAUAUGCAAUACUUACAAGUUCCAGAUGAAACAGAUACAAACUUUAUAAAAUUUAUCUAUAUCUUUUCCAUAUGGGCACUGCCUCGGGUGACUCCAAUUGUGUUGGCUUCAAUGAUUCAGCAGAUUCUUCAGUGACAAGAUAAGACCAACUCAUUGGCUCAUUGUCAGGCGGUUUGCUGUGAGGUUUAUGUGUUUCGAAACAGAUGAGGGAUGCAGAAAUUUAAGCUGAGAAUAACGGGGUUUUUUGUCUCAGGGGCUGAUAUAACAUUCAUAGCAGCUGAUUAACAGCAGAACCUCCUCGUGGCUUAACUACACAUUGACUGUUGUUUUGGCUACCAGACACUGAUUUCGUCACUCCCUAUAUGUUGUGGAAGUGUUGAGCUCUGGAUUUUCCGUAAACCACAAGAAGUUCAUGAGCAAUGACACUACUAUGCUUAUGCACUUGGCAUUUUUCCAGAAUGUUGAGUGUUGCACAGUUCUUGUAGCCCUAUAUUACUUUGCCAAGCUUUAACCCACGGUAAUAAAAUUGAAGGAAUAGAGUCUUUUGAGUCUUUUAAGUAUUUGUUGUUUCCCUUAAAUCUAGAGACUAUCUAUCUAUCUAUCUAUCUAUCUAUCUAGAG